GACAAAUGACGUUUGCAGAAAAUGUUGGGUUAAGUAGUCUAAAGAGUUGAAUAAAAAUAAAUAACUAGAAAAAUGAAUAUUAUCCGCAAAGUAAGUUUUUACAUUUUACCCACAUGCCAGUAAAAAUCAAUUAUUCCCCUUAGCGUAGAAACAUCACUAUAUUGACAUUUUCUCAGGUCACUCUGGAAGGCGUGAAUACCAGAUCAAGCAUCACAAGAACCAUCCAUUUAUAUGCACCAUGUUGCAAAAAUCAAGCUGGAAGAUACCGGAUAACACCAAGGAAAGAUCUACCUCUUACUUAUGAAAUGGCAAAUCCUCCACAUCAAAUUGCCCAUAGGAAAGCUUGGAAUUCAUGGAAUACUUCAAACAUUGAUGGGGGUAUACGACCUGCUCAGACAGCAAUUGAAGAUGUAUUCAUACGAAAAUUUGUGACAGGUACCUGGCAUAACCUGUUUGUUAGUGAAGUUAUUAUAAAACGACAGCACAAUAUUAUUAGGAUAGCAGGAAUAAUCCGUAGGGGAAUCGGUGCUAGAAAAAUGUACUUUUUGAUAGGAUAUACAGAAGAACUAUUGAGUUUUUGGUUACAGUGUCCUAUAAAGUUGGAAUUGCAGACAGUUGCUGACAAGAGGGAUGUUGUGUUCAAGUAUAUAUAAAUGUUAUUAAUAUUUAGAAAUAAAAUAUUUGUUUUA